UCUUAAGUAAGACAGAGGUGUACUUUGGAUAUUACCUCACAUCUUCUGUUAUCACAAGGUUGAUACUAAAUCACAAGGGUGUAUUACAGGGCUGGUAUUGGGGUGAACAUGUACAUGAUUGGAUCCCUUACCUCUCAGUACCCAGAGAUAACUGUGAUGCUUACAAACUGUGUGGCGCAUACGGUAUCUGCAACAGUCAAACUCUUCCUGUAUGUGGAUGCUUAGACAAAUUUGUCCCAAAACAUUAUGAAGAUUGGCAGAAAGCAGACUGGUCAGGUGGCUGUGUUCGGAGGACUCAAUUAACUGCCUCCAAGGAGAUGUAUUUUUGAAGUAUUCGCAUAUCAAACUGCCAGACACAUGGAAAUCCUGGUUGAAUAUGACUAUUACACUAGAAGAAUGCAGGAAUAUCUGCUCUAAAAAUUGCUCCUGUAUGGCUUACUCAAAUCCUGACAUACCCAAUGGAUGGAGUGGAUGCUUGUUGUGGUUUGCGGAUCUGCUUGACAUUAAGCAGGUACCGGCUGAAGGGCAAGAUAUCUACAUUAGAUGGCUGCUUCUGAAUCAGAUAGUCUAGAGAAAUCGGAUGGAAAGGAAGAAAAAGUACUUUUCUGGAUUUUGCCAUUAUCAGCUGGUGUGAUUCUGGUAAUCCUUAGCAUGUUGAUCUACCAUAGAAGAAGGAAGAAGGCUUCAGAGCUAAAAAAGAAAGGUAGGUCGGGACGCAAUGACAACUACAGUAUGGGUUACAGUAGUUGUGCUGAAGAAUUUGAGAUACCACUGUUUGAUUUAUCUACCAUAAUGAAGGCUACCAAUAACUUUUCAAUUGACAGAAAGAUUGGAGAGGGGAGCUUUGGACCUGUUUACAAGGGUAUACUUGAAGGACAGGAGAUAGCUGUCAAGCGGCUGUCCAGAACUUCCACACAAGGAGAAAGUGAGUUCAAGAAUGAAGUUCUAUGUAUUGCAAAACUUCAGCACAGGAAUCUGGUGAACAUUCUUGGCUGCUGCAGUGACGGGGAAGAAAAGAUGUUGAUCUAUGAGUACUUUCCAAAUGGGAGUCUCGACUCAUUUAUAUUUGAUGACACACAAAGCGAGGUAUUAGACUGGCAUAAGCGAUUUCACAUUAUCAAUGGUAUAGCUCGGGGACUUAUGUAUCUGCAUCAAGAUUCUCAAUUAAGAAUAAUUCACCGAGACCUGAAAGCUAACAACAUUCUGCUAGACAAGGACAUGAAUCCAAAGAUAUCAGACUUUGGCUUGGCAAAAAUAUGUGAAGAUGAUGACGUUGAAGCCACGACUAACCGAGUUGUUGGAACAUAUGGGUACCUCUCACUGGAAUAUGCAUUGCACGGGAAAUACUCAGUAAAAUCAGAUGUAUUUAGGUUUGGUAUUUUAGUAUUGGAAAUUGUGAGUGGGAAAAGCAACAGAAAAUUCUCUCAUCCAGAUCAUAACCUUAAUCUACUCGGGCAUGCAUGGAAACUUUAUAAAGAAGGGAGGUCAAUAGAACUACCUGAUAAAUGCCUAGGUGAUUCAUGUUCAACAUCAGAAGUGGUACGAUCAAUCUGUGUUGGUCUAUUAUGUGUCCAACAAUGCCCAGAAGAUCGUCCUAGUAUGUCUUCCGCCGUUCUGAUGUUAAACAAUAAAGGUUUGUUGCCGUUGGCUAAACAGCCAGGUUUUUACAUAGAAGAAAAUGCACCGGGUGGUGAAUUCACUCCAAGGCAAUAUGCACAGAGUACAGUGAGUGAGACCCCCAUCACAAUAUUAGCUGCCCGAUAG